CCGCCACUGGAUCGGUGAAAGAGGUCUCACUGUUCCUGGAGCGUAAGUGAUUUAUCAACAACAAAAUAGUUAGUAUCACAAACAAUGUCCGUUUAAAGUAUAACUGGUGAAUUGUUUGAAAAGUUUUAUAAGCCUACUUAACAUCGAUCUGUACAUUUUUUAUCUGAUUGAGAACCAUUCCAUUAGUACAACCUGCUUCGUCGUACUGCCACUUUUUUUUUUUAUUUCUUUGUGAAAGUGUCACACCCCUUCCCCCCUGACAUUCCAUUUAAGCCACUCAUGUUAUCUAGCGUAAGUAAGCGAACUUCAUUUUUCCAUGUUCCAUUAUUCGUUAAAUUUUAAAUGCAUUUUACUUAAAUGUAUAAUAUAUUUUAAAUUAUGCUUUAACUUAUUAUUUUUUUAGAACUUUAUUGUUGUGUGCAAAUUUAAGAUAGGUGUUUGCGAACUAUUUCGUGUCAGAUGGUUUACGGUAAAACCUUGUACCAAGUGACACUAAUGUCAUUAUUGGAAAAUGAACUGAAAUACUAUUUAUUCUAGAUUUUACUACAAUAUGCUUUUAAAUUUUAAUAAAAAUAUUAAAUUAUAUAUUAGGAAAUUUUAAGUUGUAUUAUUACACGUGCCUUUAGAAAUACGGUUAAUAAUACAGACUAAAUUUGUUAUAAUUUACAGCUAUUGCGACCGCAUCACCGCUGAACAGGUGGGGGGUGAAACAGGCUUGCUCAUGCGCAAGUUCAGUCUUACGCCAUCUUGGAUUUGAAUGUAGGAGAGGGUCUUCUUGUAGAAAAACAUUGGAAACAAACCCAAGAUUUUAAGUGAUCGUUUCGGUUUUAGAAUUAAUUGGUCCAGUGGGACCUUUUUUUUCGGUAAGAGCGUUUGAUUAGACAUAUAAAAUAUCAUAAUAAAAAUGUGGAUCACCAUUAAUUACUAUAACCGUGUAACAGCAAAACAUUUCAAAUUAUUUUGGCACUUGUGAUUGGGGGCUGAGAAGGAAGUGAAGAGUAAAAAAAAAGACAAUGAAAAUGGAACUUGAUGCAGCUCCAUUGCAAUGUUUUAAGUUAAUACUGAAAAUCCUUGUGCUUAGAUUAAGUUUAGUUUGCAUUAAAAAAUCCGGAUGGAAGUCGUAAAUCAGUCCAAUGCAAAAUUUGUGUACAACUUGUAAGCCUAACAAAUCCGAAGCCUUUGACUUGUAUCAUUGAGCAGGAACACUCAAUACCCUCAAUCUCAACCAUUCCAUUGUCUCAGGUUCGAACAGUUGGGUACAGCUAGAUAAGAUACCUACAGGAUUGCAAAAAAGUACAUCAUUUAAUUCUUCUAAAUUUACUUUUUCUAAUUUGUCAGGAUCCAUUUAGAAUAAUAAUCGUUUAUAAAUAAACUUAUAGUGUCCCAUGUUUUGGAAACCAUUUCAAUUUCACAAAUCCCCAUUCAGGGCCAUUCAUUGACAUAUCUGCCCAUUAGCAUGAUUCAAAGGAUAGAUGAUCAUAUUCCAUUGUAUUCAUAUUUGCCAUAGCUUUGUGCUGAGUCUAUAGCAAUUUAGCAGAGGUUCAGAAACAAAAAACUGGACUAAGACAAUCUUUUAAUGUAAGGCAGUGUCUACACGUUCGGCGCGCUGGACAUAUAUCUCCCGCACUAUUCUUCUUCUAUAUAUUAAGUAAGGGCCCACAAUCAAUUUAUUGAUCAUUUUAGCUCCUAUGCAUGUAGAGGGGAUUUGUAAUGUUUCUGUGCCUGGCGUUGAUGAGGACAUUUCAAUGAUUUCCAGUGCCACUUUGUGAGGGAAUCAGGACUUGGGGGUUUGAAGGCUUGAGGCAAUAGACACAAAUGUGUCUAGUGUUGUCGCCUCAACUGUUCCUUUUGAAAGCUUGUUCCAGUCCCUGAUUGUCUUGGGCAGGAAUGAGCAGCUCUUAUACUGGCUUCUUGCUGGUAUGAGCCUGAAUUGCCUGUCAUGGCCUCGUCGCUGUCUAUGGGGGAGAGGGACGAGUUUCUGUUUAAUACUGGAACAGUUGACCAGGCCAUUAUUUAUCUUGUACAUAAUGGAGAGCCUGGAUUGUUGUCGUCGUUCCUCCAGUGGUGACCAGCCUAGUGUUUCCAGCAUGCUGCCAACACUAGAGGUAUUCCUAAAUAUCUAGAUAUUCGUCCGGCGACCAAGUCACAUGACCGCCGUAACGAAAUGGCGAGAGAUAUUUGAAUUGGUCCAUCAGCCUUGUCACAUGACUGUGAAUGAUUCAAAACUAUUGUAUAUUUUAAAAUCUACUUCUCUACCAAGUAAUUUACUGAGUGUCAUGCAAACAAAUAAUAGAAAAAAAUACUUGGGUAUAUUACUAAACGAAGUGGGGGUUAAGCAAUAAUGCAUUCUGGAAGGAAGCAAUGCUGAGAGGGCGAGAGAAUUACGGUAAUAAAAAAUACGAAUGCUAAAAAAAUAAUAGUGAGGGUGAUAAAUAAUAAAGUUUAAGGCAGGGAGGCCGAUAGUUUACAAAGAAAUAUACCUUACAUCUUAAUGUAGAGCCGAUAUAGAGGUAGCCUACUUCUCAUGCAAUUCUAAAUACUAAUCCUGAAAUACAGGGGUAAUAAGGGGAGAGACUGCAAUCAGGUUAGUACAAAAUAAAAUGAGUAAAACAGAGUAUGGUUAAACCUGAAAAAUUAAACGUAACAAAACAGCGAACGUGUCGGCAGAAAGCCUUCGUCAGCGAACAAAAUAACAGAAAAAACGUUAUAAAAAUAAGAAAUANACUACUUACCAGCUAAGUGCUAUUUCUUAUUUUUAUAACGUUUUUUCUGUUAUUUUGUUCGCUGACGAAGGCUUUCUGCCGACACGUUCGCUGUUUUGUUACGUUUAAUUUUUCAGGUUUAACCAUACUCUGUUUUACUCAUUUUAUCCUGAAAUACAACUUUAUUGACAUAGGUCUAUUGAAGUCUACUGGUCUUAUUUUAUUUUAUUCAUAUUUUAAAUUUAGGCUUCAAGGUAGAGCUUUACAAUAUGUAUUAACCAAGAUAUGGGAAUUUUUUUUUUUGAAGAGUUGAAAAAUAGACUAGUAGGCUAAUAGUAGUAGUAAUAGUACUACUAGUUAGUAUAUACUAUAGGCCGACUAGUUUAAUAUUCAAAGUCAAACACUUUAUGUAUCUCAGAGUCAGAGCAUUUGAAUAUAUUAACAUGUUCAGCAUUUAUUUAUUAUCUAGUGAUCGGAAUAUCAAAUGCAAUACAACUAUUUUGCCGGCAACCACUUGUCACAUGACCUGCCGGAAUAAUAACGCCUACUAUUCAUCCGGCGGUCACGUGACAUGCCCGCCGGAAGUAUAUCUCCCCUUUCACUAUUUGUCUGGCGUGCCGUACGUGUAGACACUUCGUUAAUGUAAAGGUGAAUAGUUGGACCUGAACAAAGCGCACCAUAACUUUCCUGUUCUUAUUUGAGAAAAAUGUAGGUAAAUGCAGAAAAUUGAUGCCAUGUUUUUUCUUCACGGCUGACAUCUUUUUUGCCUUGACCCGUGACCUUCUUUCACAGGUCAAGGCAAAAAAAUGGCGGCAGUGGGGGGAAAAAAUGGGAGAGAAUGUGUUAUUUCAACUAAUUACCAAAACUCAGGUAAAUAAGCAAUUUUAGAAGAUUUUUUUAAUGGGAAAAAAAACCCAAUGAAAUUAAUAUAAUUUAAAAAAAAAAUUAUUUCAAUAAAAUUGUUUAAUGAAAGAAAAUUGUGAACAUUUAAAAAAAAUAAUAAAAUAACGCAAACAAUGCAAGAAAUGAGAGAGUUUUUGUUCAUUUUCAUAGUUUUCUUGCCACAGUGUAGUGUGUAGUAAAUGCCAAAUGUUUCUUUACUUGCGGCUUUAGAGCUAGUUUUAGGGUUCAGGUUUGGUAUAGGGAUAGAUUUUGGGUUCAGGUUAGGGAUAGAUUUAGGGUUAGUGAUAGAUUUAGGGUUCAGGUCAGGGUUAGAUUUAGGGUUAGUGAUAGAUUUAGGGUUCAGGUCAGGGUUAGAUUUAGGGUUCAGGUAAAGGAUAGCGGCCGAUAAUCACGAAAAAUUAUGUAUCGGCUGAUUUUAUUUCUUCUAAUUUCUUACUUUUUUUUUGGCUAUUUAUAGUGGUUUUAGGGGCUUUUUUUUCCCCAUUUUUCUCUCAAUUAUUUCUUAUGGCUGACAGUGGAGAGUACAUAUUUCAUAGGAUCUGAGAGGGCCUUGAAAUUUAUAAAACACACAAAACAGCGUAUGAUUUUUAAUAGCACUCUUCCUUUCACACAAUAUACAGUUUGUGGUCGUAAUGAGACAGUAAUUUGUUAAUGAGAAAAGCAUAAUGGAUAUUUAUUAUUAUUUUUAUAUUUGUUUAAAACUGCUUUUCCUAAAAAAUAAAUCUCAAGUGACUUGGUAGGUUUUUUUUAAUGACAUCCCAAUUUGUUACCGUAUGCCAAUAAAGUACAACACAACGCUGAUCAUCUUCUUAAACAAAGUCUACUUCAGUAUUAAGACUUGAUAACAAGCAAGGUUAAAAAUAAAUUGAAACUAAUAAUUAAUAAAGCACAUGAAAUAAAAACUUCAUAUUUAUGAAUUUCUCAGACGAAACCUGGCAUUUAUUCAGGUGAUCUCUUAGAGUUUAUAACUUGUGGCCUUAUCAACUUUCUGUAAUUUUUGUAAUUUUUUCCUAAUGUGUAAAAAAAUUAUAAUUUAUUCGUUUCUUCUUCAUAACUGAUUCUGAUUUACGAAUUUUUCAAUUUACUAAUGCUUAUUGCAGUACCUACUAUAGUAUAAAGGCCAGUAAUAACGAUUUUUGGUUUUAAAUGGGAUGCUAAAACUGAUUACCAGUUUGCCAAAAAAAUUCUAUAUUGUAAUACCUAAGCUGGCAGUUUUUGUAUAGAUUGGAACUACUUAUUGUAAAUAUAGUAUAAUGCUCUCAUUGAAGGUUUACUGCUUUAAUUUAUAUUAUCACAUCUUUUAUUUUUGAUAGAUACUUGACACGCUAUUGCCAAAAUGAGCAGCUAUCAAUUGAAUACAGGCAACGGCCCUACAAGGGCAAGUAAGUGAAUUAUAUUAUACUAGCUUGGACUCAACAACGACACUAAUUAAUAGCUACAGUCCCAUUGAUAUAUUUCACAAUUUCUUUUAAGCAAUAUUUAUGACAGUCUUUAACUUUUAAGUAGCGCUAUUAGUUAGAUGUUUGACUUAACUAAACCUUUGAAAAAACAGGCCUAUUAUCAAGAUAAAACUUGUCUUCACCCAUAAAUUGAUCCUUCAUGCAUACUCUUGCAUUAACUCACAAUAGGUAUAUUAUUUAUCCUCAAAUGAAUUUCGUGCCUCAUAUGUAAAUGAAACAUUUACAAUGUUAUUGAUCAAGUAAAAUCUAUUAAAACGUGCAAUUAAAUUCCAAACCUGUUUGAAUGUUAAAGUACAGAAAAUUUUCACUGUUAAAUUCAAAAUUUUAAAGCAUUCAAAGUCCAAAGUCCUUACCAUUUAACAAAAAAUUCAUACUGAUAUUAGUGUACAAAAUUCCCAGCAUUUUUUCAUUAAAUAAUGAAACCCUAAUUAUUUUUCUUCAACCUCAGUGGUUUCACCUGGUGAGCCAAGUUAUAUGGAUUUAAGUAACAUGCCUGUGGACAAUAAGCAACAGCAGACAAUGAUGUGGCAGCAGAAUCAGUAUAUGAGUGAUUCAGGUAUUCACUCUGGACAGACAACCCAGGUAAGAUUUAGUGUUUGAUUUAUUGCAACUGUAAAUUGUAACCAUUUUUGGGGGGUUUAUUUUGUAUGUAUUAAAUUUGCUACUUGCACUUUAUAUGUAGCAUAUUUGUCAUGCUUAAAAACUGCAAUAUUUUCAGGCGCCAUCUAUUAGUAGUAAGAGCCACGGAGAUGAAGUGGAUGAUGGAGAGAUGGAUCCCUCAAAAAUGAUGUUUGAUUGGGGUCUCGGUGGUGAUGCCUACAACCAGGAGCAAGUUGAUGGUAUUACAUUUUUUUUAGAAAUAGGCAAUUUGUUUCAGAAAUUUGACAUGUUAAGUUUUAUAAGAACAUUUCUUGAUCCUUUCAUAUCAAUUCUUGAAUGCUUUAUUUUUCUUUGUAUCUUGUUGCAGACAUUAAUCAACAAUUGAACCAGACCCGGUCACAGCGUGUACGAGCUGCAAUGUUUCCUGAAACCAUGCCUGAGGGUGUUCAGAUCCCAUCUACCCAAAUUCAGCCUGACCAGCCCACAGCUGUUCAGAGAUUAAGUGAACCCUCACAAAUGCUUAAACACGCUGUUGUUAAUCUUAUCAACUACCAGGUAUUGAGUUAUUUAUUUUUAAAAUAUAUAAAGGUAAAGAAAGUUUAGAUAAGUACAGGAAUCUAUAAGGAUGAAUUAUUUUUGCACAAGAUUACUGUUAGUAUGAAACAGUAAAUCUGAAGAAUUUUUAAGGAAGUGUUUUAAUGUUAGUGAGAAUUUUAGAGCGAAGUUGUUGACUUUCUUGCAUUAGCUCUUUUCAGCCAACAACUUAGUCGAGUUCAUGUAUAUUUUUUUAAAGUUAAAUUUAAAAAUAAAGAAUUUGGAAACCAAAAUGUAACAUGUAAUGUCUUUUGCAGUUAUUAAAUAUUUGAUAAACUAUUUAAGAAACAACAGAUAAAUAUAUAUAUUGUCAACUGCUAUGUUCUACUGGAUUGAUUAUUUCGUCAAGUUCUUUCACACGUUGAAAUACAUCUCUUACUAUCACUGAAUAAACUCAAGUCCUUUUCAUAAUAAUUAUAACUUUAAUAUCUAAGUAUAUACUAUACACAUAAACACAUGCAUAUAGCACAGCUUGCUAUCAGACAUAAAUAAAACACAUCCUACUUCUACUAAGUUCCAUUCAUGACUGCCAGAUGAAUAAAGCUUUUGUCACAAUACAGUCUUUGACAAUACGUCACAAUCAGCAUAACAAUACGUCACCAAUUCAAGCACAGGAAGAGCGUUCACUAACUUAUGAAACUCACAAACACACACAGCGCGUAAUGAACAUAAUAUUAGUCGCAACAAUUAUCAAUUAACUUCCAUACUUGACAUAUAUGAUAGAGGAGUGAUUGAAAUGACUUUCAAAUUUUCUUUCCCCACAGGAUGAUGCUGAUUUGGCAACCCGUGCCAUUCCUGAGCUAAUCAAACUGCUGAAUGAUGAAGAUCAGGUGGUAGUUUAUCAGGCUGCUAUGAUGGUUCAUCAGCUGUCAAAGAAGGAGGCUAGUCGUCAUGCCAUUAUGAACUCCCCACAGAUGAUCACAGCUCUUAUUCGAGCGAUGGCUAACACUGAAGACAUCGAAACAACUCGCUGUGCAGCAGGAACUCUCCACAACCUAUCACAUCACAGACAAGGCUUAUUGGCUAUCUUUAAAUCUGGGGGCAUUCCUGCUUUAGUGAAGCUGCUUAGGUUUGUUUUUGUUUGCACCUCUCAGCAUUUUCAACUUAAUGAAUAUGAAAUUAUCGUCUCAAUAACAUAAACCAACAGAAUCAAGAAUCAUGUUUAAAAAAUUAGAAAGAUAACUUAAAUUCUUUUGGGUUUUGACCUAUAAGUGCUGCUGACCAGUUUUCAUAAAUGAAGUUACUCUUCAUAAUGGGCGUCAGGAAUGCGACAGAUCUUGCUGGAAUAGUAUCAGAAAAUUAGUUCAUUAUUUUAAAACAGAGUAAUAUGACUAAAGUUCAUAUUCAUUUUCUUACAGCUCUCCACUAGAGUCUGUGCUUUUCUACGCGAUCACUACUUUACACAACCUGCUCCUCCACCAAGAGGGAUCAAAGAUGGCUGUUCGCCUUGCUGGUGGCCUUCAGAAGAUGGUGGCUCUGCUGCAGCGCAACAACAAUGUCAAAUUUUUAGCAAUAACCACAGACUGCUUGCAAAUUCUGGCCUAUGGAAACCAAGAAAGCAAGGUGCAUUGUCAAUUAUUUAAAUCCUGGUGGUUUGGAAGUCAUGUGUUCAUGCCCUGAUGUUGGCAUGCAGUUUAUACCAGAUAAGAUCAUUAGCAGUGUUUGUAAUUCUGAUGUUAUUUACCACAUUUGAAGAUAAUACGCUGUUAAAGCUGUUAAACAUUUGAACACAUUAUCUUCAGCCAAACUAUUUAGCAAUACAUGUUCAAAUUCCAUAAUUUACUAGGUCCUAAUUGUAGUGUAAUCUUUGAUGGGAACUUACAGUUUUACUGUCGACUUACCAUAGAUUUUAAUCAUGCCUGUAACUAUUUAUUACAGCUUAUCAUCCUUGCCAGUGGUGGACCAGUGGAACUUGUUCGCAUUAUGAAGUCAUACACAUAUGAGAAACUUCUUUGGACCACAUCUCGAGUUCUGAAGGUUUUGUCCGUGUGCUCCAGCAAUAAGCCAGCCAUUGUAGAAGCUGGUCAGUAAACACGUCAAACUUAUUAUAAAAAAAACUUCAGUGUAUUUUGUGUGUGAUUGCAGACCUGUUUACUCUUACGAUUUUGGCAUACAAUGUACGAUUUUGAGGUUUAUAAAUUAUAUAUACUGCAUGUUUUUAUUUUACUAUUAAGAUAACGUAUUGAACGAUUUUGUGAUGACAUUUUACGAUUUUAAGAGUUUUAAGGUAAACAGAUCUGGUGAUUGGCUUUAUUAAAUGUUGAACAAAUGAAUGCAUUUAUGAAUAGCUAUAUGUUACCUAUAUACCAUACCUAUGUCCGAAAUAAGAAUGCUGGCUGCUAUUCCAUUUUUUAUAAAUUCAAUAAAAUGUAAAUUCCAACAGGAGGCAUGCAAGCACUGGCCAUGCAUUUAAAUCAUCAGAGUCAACGACUUGUGCAAAACUGCCUAUGGUCUCUAAGAAAUUUGUCAGAUGCUGCUACCAAGAUGGUAAGAUCAUCUACUUAUGUAUAGCAAAUCUAGUGUGUAUCUUCUGUAAUUGUUAAAGCUUUUAAGAAAUAGUCUGCAUCCUAUGAAUUCUAAGUCUUAUAAUAAGUCAUUCUUCACUGUUUGAAAAAUGUUCUAUUUUAACAUAUUUUAUUUUAUUAUCAGGAACAAAUGGACAAUCUUCUGCACAUGCUUGUCCAGCUGUUGGCAACAAAUGACAUCAACAUGGUCACCUGUGCUGCUGGCAUUCUUUCUAACCUAACCUGCAACAAUCAAAGAAACAAAAUUAUCGUGGGCCAGGUUGGCGGUAUUGAAGCGCUUGUUCGAACAAUCAUGCAAGCAGGUGACAGAGAGGAUAUUACUGAACCUGCCGUGAGUUGGUUUUUUUAACCCCUAGAUGAUUUUAUGCAAUGUUAAGUUUUAAAUUAAGUCAUUAAAAAUAAAAUAGUUUAAUAGCAUUAAUUACCUAAUUGGAGGCCAUGGCACAAGUAUCAAUAUCCGCUAGGAAUUAAUUUGUCUUGACAGGCUUCAUUGAUGAAAUAAUGUUUUUAGGUGUGUGCCUUGCGUCAUCUGACCUCACGUCAUCCAGAGGCUGAGAUGGCUCAAAAUGCUGUCCGUUUACACUACGGUCUACCUGUUCUUGUUAAGCUUCUUCAUCCUCCAAGUCGCUGGCCCCUAAUCAAAGCAGUUGUUGGCCUCAUCAGGUAUGUGAUAAUUCAUUUUGUGCUUUCAAAUAGAGACUGACCAAAGGUGAUUUUUCUUAUUUCUUCCAAAACCGAAGCCGAAACCAAAAGCUUAGAGAGACUUUCGUCAGAAACCGAAAUAUUUAGAUAUUUUGAAAUUCGUUCACACAUACAUUCUGCAUACAUCGAAAAAUGAUGGGGGGAAAGUAUCAAUACUUUUUAUAAAAAAUGAGAUCAUCGUGAAAGUUAAUAACUAAACAUUUAUUGAAUACUUUUGCUUUUGCCAUUUUAAUUUAAAAGUCAUUUAAAUUUAUUAAAAAUAUAUUUCAAAGUAGUAUGGGAAGAGAAAAUUUGGCCAGGGGAGCGGGGUUGGGUUAAAUUCUUGCAAAAUAGACCCUUGAGUGCCCUUUGCUUUUAUAAUAUCGCUACCAAGACUUACAUCUACAAUAAUUAUUGUGGCUCUAAUUGAGCUAAUUAUCACCUAAAUAUCAGUUAUGUUUUGCGGUUAUCAUUACACUAAUGCUUUGUGUUUUCAUAAAAAUCUGGCAAGAUAUCGUAUUUAAUAGUUCGCCUAGUACCAACACAUUAGUCUUUCCAUGCUGGUGACGUAAUUAUUUCGUUCGGCGACCAACCUUCCCAUUGAUGGGGGUAAAUUUUUUUUUAACCGGGUCUCUAAAAAUUGUUGUUCUAACGGGUCUCGACAGAGCAUUGAAAAAGACAUCUAUCUAAAUUGAUUGCCAAAAUCAUAAAAGUAAACAGGUAUACAUUAGUAUUAUAUGAACCAGUGAUACAUGCACACGUAUUUGUUUCAUCAAUAACGUUUAAGAGCAUGAUAAUGAUGAAUUUCAAGAAAUGAAUCAAUUGAAAAGGCCUAAUUUUCCUUAAUUUUAAUUUAAAAAAACAAAAAAAAAGCAACUAAUAAUGGAAAUAUUACCAUUGAUGGGCAUGAUAAUGAUAAAUCAAAAUAAAUAUCACAAAUGAAUGAAUUGAAUAAACCUAGGGUUCCAAAUUUUAUUUUUGAAAACAUUAAAACAAACAUAAUGAUACAAAUAUUUCCAUUCCAUUAUUUUUUCUUCCACAAAACUAUUUACAUUUGACUAGGCUUAAUUGAAAUUUUAAUUUUUAGGUCAUCAUGCGGCUGUGAGCAGUGCUCGCAGAGUAUUAGUCAUAUAAUGUAUGAUGAGCAAUAAGGAAUAUUGGAUUGCUGGGCUAGAGAUGAGCGAAAACCUGAGUCACUUUCAACCAGGUGGCUAAAAGUCUCAAUCACUUUUGGCCGAAACCGAAAUUUAACAGAAAGUUAACUUUUCUGUUGUGUCUGAAACUGAAAAUAAUCUAUCCAUCCAUCCAUUCAUCCAUCCCUGUGGCGCUACAGCCCAUGUAGAGCUUUGGCCUGCCUCACUACUUCCUUCCACUCAGACCUAACUAAUGCUUUUCUUUUCCAUGCUUCGAUUUUCAGUUGUUGUUGCAGGGGUGCCACUUUUCCGGGUUAUCCCGGAAUUCCGGAUUCGUGAGUCUAAAUAUUUUUCAGUUCCGGAUUCGCGAGUUUUUAUAUUCUCUCAUUCCGGAUUCGCCAGUUCAAUUUAUUCAAAUACGGAUUCUGUCUGGGUUUAAAAGAAAAAAAUCAAAGUGUAACAGAAUUCGCGAAAAACCUUGAAAAUGGACGUAAAUCGCCGAUCACGUCUAUUUUUAGCCUUUCUGUUGUCAGAGCGCUAGUGAUUUCCCCUCGCGCAUGCGCAUUGAGCUUUACACUACUUGUUUCCAGUACCGUACUACUUCGAUAGACCAGAAAUAUUUAUUUUCUGUUCACGUCACCGAUCAAGAGAUAUUUGAAGUGUUUGGGUAAGCAGAGUGUAAAAUUUAGUAAAUAAUCUUGCAAAAUCUUUUUAAUUUAGUUUUAAAUUGUUGGGUAGCCACUAUCACAAAUAGAAAACUACUCGUCCAAGCGUUGCCUAACAAGACUAAGCUUAGCGUACUUUGUUAUGUUUUACUGUAUGCAGGCUACAUGUAUUUUUUUUUUAUUAGAAGAGCUAAGCGUCGUUUAACUUGUUAAAAAAGACUUCUUAAGUUAACUUUACAUUUAAUUACGGAGUAAGCCUUCUAAUUUUGAUUAGACUAAUAUGUUUAAGUUAUUUUUAUCCGUUCUGUAGUGAGCCUGACAUAACUGUACUUAGUGAGUCUUUAUUUAUUAGUUAUGCGCGCCUGUGUUCUGACUCUGGGUAUACUUUAGUAUUUAUUAGUCUUUACAAUUUACAGUAAUUCUACUAUUAAGUCUAUUACUAAUUUAAUUAUUCAUAAUGCUCUGUAUUGCUGUAGUUUAUUACUGGUAUAAUAUAGUCUAUAUUUUUUAUUAUCUAUGCCUUACUAUAAAUUAUAAAUCUAAUAUGAUAAUAUAUUUUAUUUUGUUUCAAUAUUCAGGAUCUAGGCUCAAUAAAAUAAUGUAAUGCCCAACAGUUCCUUUAACUUAAAAGAACUGAUGGGCAUUGCAGUUAGCCUACAGUCUACAAUUGGCAAUCAUGAUUAAAUAAUUCAUCAAUGAAUACUAUGCUGGAAAUAUUGAUAUGAAGUAUUCAAGGGGAGAUUGUCUGAGUCAAUCAUCUGAUGAUACCAGCUUUAUCACCUAUCUUAGGUUUCCACUUCUGUAACUUCUCAAUUUAUGAAAUUUAUGUGUCAAACUAUGAAACUCUCACACUUGGGAUAUUUUAUAGAGACUAAUCACUAAAGUAUGUUGACUCAAACUAUCCAUUUUCAUCAUUAAAGAAGAGAACAUGAACUCCAUAUAAGAAAAUAUGCUUUCCACUUGUGGUAGCUAUACAUUUGUUCCAAAAUGCCCAGGGAACACAAUGCAAAAGUUGACUUUUCAAGUCUAAGUAAAUUGAAAAAUUGUUACUGCAAAGAAAUUUAAUAAAUAUUUACAUGUAUACACCUUAAUUGUUUAAUUUUGUUCAUUUGUGAUGUAUCUCAAUGUUUUAUUUGACAAUUUCCUGGUUGUUUUUAUAUUAUUCAACAAAAACGCCGCAUUGCGAUAAUCAGGAAUUUUGAGUUUCAUUAAGUUUCAGGGAUUGAAAAAUUUGUAAAUGAAGUUUCAGGUUUCAAGAAAUUUUUAGAAAGGGAUUUCAGGGUUCACAGCUUUCAGUGAGUGGCACCCCUGUGUUGUUGAUCUUUUUUCACAUCAUCCAUCCAUUUAAGCCUAGGUCUGCCUUUGAGUCUCCCUGUCUUAGGCCUCGUCUAAUCUGAAAUUCCCUUGAAUAUUCUCCUUGAAGCUUGAUUUUGCUUUUUGACUUGUUUAGUGUUACAUGUAUCAGUCUUGUCCGUUUGUUGGGUAUGCCAAACUCCUGCAGAGUCUCAUAUAGAUAUUUUCUUUUGAUGCUGUCAUAGGCCAUUUUAUAGUCCACAUAGAGUUGAUGUACUGGUAUAUUAUAUUCAUAGCAUUUCUCUAAUAGGCAUCUGAUGGUGAAAAUCUAAUCAGUCGUUGAUCUGUUUUGCCUGAAUCCACAUUGGUAAUCACCUAGUAUUUCUUCAGUGUAAGGUUGUGGUAUUUUGGCAAUAAGUAUUUGUCGGUAUUUUGUAUGUAACAUUUAAUAUGGAGAUUCCUCUGUAGUUUGUGCACUGAAGUUUGGAGCCUUUCUUGUCCAUUGAGGUUAUUAAUGCUGUUUCCCAUUCUGUUGGGACUUUCUCUUCUUGCCAAAUUUUAGUUUAUGUAUCUGAGUGUGUAGUUCUUUUCCUCCAUAUUUAAUCAGUUCUGCUGUUAUGAGGCCUUCUAUCUUCAUGUACAUUCCUCAUAUGUUUCCCUCUCUUGACAAAUCUUCUAUUUCUUUUAGUUUAGCCUCUUUUUCUUCCUACACAUAUUUGUGGCUUUCCUUCGGUCUUCCUUGUAUGUUUGUGUUGUCUUUCUGGUUUCCCUUUGUAACAUGAUCAUUCGUGCUUUGUUUCUUUCUUCCUCAGUCUCUCUGCAUUCAUUAUCAAACCAGCCUACUUUAUUGUUUGUUUGGAAUCCUACUACUUUUUCUGCUGAUCUUUUCAUUGCAUUUUUUAUCUUAUUCCACUGUUCAUUUAUGUUGUUUUCCCUGUUUACUUCCUCCUGUAAUGCUUCUAGCUGUGCUUCUACUUCAUUCUGGUAAGCUUUUGCAGUUAGUGGGUCUUUGGUGAGCUUUUAGUAAUCGUAUCGUUUCUCUCUUUGAUUACGACUAUUGUGAAUUAUGCUUAUUCUCUGCUUAUUUUUAACCCUUACAAGUAGAUGGUCAGAGCCUGCAUCUGCUCCUCGAAAGCUUCUUACAUCUAGUAUAUCUGAUCCAUGCCGCCGAUCUAUUAGAACAUGGUCAAUUUAAUUGUGGGUGGGUGAUUCCAUCUGGUGAGUUCCAAGUAGCUUUAUGUAUAUUUUUGUGCAGAAACUUGGUGCUGCUAACUGACAUCCCUUUUCCUACAGCAAAUCUAUGAGUCGGAUCCUAUUUUCAUUGGAUUCUUCAUGCAGACUUUUCUUGCCAAUAGUUACUAUUUUAAUAUCAUGUUGUGGUGUCUCUUUGUAGAUCUAUUCCAGUGUCUCAUAAAAGGAUUCUUUAUCCUGAUCUUCCGUAUCUUCGGUGGGAGCAUGUAGAGUUAUGAAUGUUAUAUUGAACAUUUUUCCUCACACACGUAAAGAAUACAAUCUUUCAUUUUCUGGUUUGAAGUCUAUGACUGCACUGACUGUUUCUUUUUUCAUGGUAAAUCCUGUUCCUAGUGUGUUGGUGUUGUUACCACUAAAAAAUAUGGUAUAUUCUUUUGUUUUGAGGAUGUCUGAAUUUUCCCAUUGAAUUUCUUGCAAUGCAGCAAUAGAUAUUUUAUAUUUAACCAGUUGAUUUACAAGGUUGGCUAAGGCUCCUGCUCUAAACAGGCUUAGUACGUUCCAAGUUGCAAUCCAAAAAUGUCCAUAUCCAGGCAUAGAUCGAUUUCCAUUGGUAUCUGUCAGGGUUUUAUUCUGUUGAUUAGCUUUCGUAACACUAAUUUGUUUACAUGGCUGGGUUGUUAACCCUGCGCAUAACCGUCUGGGGGGCUGCCCCUUACAGCUCUCUGGGCAUCUGCCUUAGUUUUUGGGUAAGGUUCCCUAGCCUUUGUGGAUCCUUCCACUUCCUACAAGGCAGUAGGUUCUGAUUUUGGUCCGCCCCAGGUAUUUUAUUUACCCGGUACCUCCAUAUCUGGGGGGCUUUCCCCUAUCCACCACCUGGGGAAGCGCUCGAUGGAAGAUCAGUAUCUUCGCACGAGAAAUUAAAAUUAAACCGAAAGUUAACUUUUCUGUUUCAGCAGACACUGAAAUUAAACCCAAAGAUAACUUUUCCGUUUCGCUGAAACCGAAACUAGGGCGAAAGUGAUCAAAUGGUAACUUUCGGCGCCGAAGCUGAAAUUCUCUCAUUCUCUACCUUCAAGUGUAUAAUGUUAAAAUUAUUGUUGUUUAAAAUAAGUUAAAAAUAUUUAUGAACUAAAGUUUCUUAACUAUUGUAUUAUUUAUUUCAGAAAUUUGGCCCUCUGCCCUGCAAACCAUGCCCCUCUCCGAGAGCAUGGUGCUCUUCCCAGGAUUGUUCAGCUUCUAAUAAGAGCUCACCAAGAUACCCAGCGAGUAUGUUACUGCUAAAUUAAUAUCUUUUAUUUCAAUACACUGAGUGCAUGAAUAUUGUAAAUUAAGAAAUGAGCAGUCUAGGUGAAAAGCUAGUGUUAGAGAUAGGUUAAAAGCUUUAGCUAAGCUAGGUCUACACUAAAAAUGUUUGACCAGGUUCAUUAGGAUACAAACUUAUGAAACAUUACACACGGUCUUUAGACAGACAACUAUCAAUUAUCUUUAACCCAUCCUGAUGGCAGUGCUACUUCCAUUCUUAAUUUCUAUUCCUGAGUAAGAGAAGUAACUCUGUUUUGCGUUUGAUUUAUAUUUGUAAAAAAAAGAAUUGAGUCGUUAAAUAAUAAUUAAUGUUAAGGAAUUAUUUAAAUGCAUCCAGAAAUGAAUAGUGUUAUAUAAAAAUAUAACAUUAACAGCCAACAAGCAAUGACUAAAAUAGAUUUUUGGCACCUCGGAUGAACAUAUGCUAUAUGUAGACGCAAUUUACUAAAACACACAUUGAUGGGAAGUGAAACAAGAUAAAACUUUUGCUUCUUAAAUUGAAAUCGGGCCGAAUCAUGCUAUCACCGGAAGUCUUGAGGGACUUCAGAUUUCAUUGCUAUUUUAAAAUAAAAAUGAGAAGUGUUUUUCUAUGCACCGGAACACAUUUGGGUGCAUCUGUUGGAACCCAUGAAUGAUACAUUUUGUCGCAACAGUGAAUGAGUUGAAAUGAUUUUUAAAAAAAAUAUUUUUGUGGUCAGUUUCUCACCACUGUUGUCACAUAAAGUUUAUUGUAAUAUUACAAAACCAGACCUGUUUACUCUUACGAUUUUGGCGUACAAUGUACGAUUUUCAGGUGUAUACAUUAUAUAUACUGCAUGAUUUUAUUUUACUAUUAAGAUAACGUAUUGAACGAUUUUGUGAUGAUUUUGUAGGAUUUUAAGAGUUUGAGGGUAAACAGGUCUGCAAAACUAGUUUGGAUUAUAAUAAUUAAAUAAUUAUCUCUUUAAUAUUAGUUAGAAAUGGAUCAAUAUAAUGACAUAUUUUAUUUUGUUGCUUUUUAUACUGUAGUAUGUCAGAUGUCUUUAGUACUUAAAUUAUUCUUGUUUUAGAGAGCCUCAAUCAGCUCUAAUGGACCGCCUCUUACUGGUUAUGUUGAUGGUGUUCGCAUGGAAGAAAUUGUAGAAGGCACUGUCGGUGCCUUACACAUUCUGGCACGUGAGGCUCACAACAGGGCUGUUAUCAGAGGACUUAACUGCAUACCUCUUUUUGUGCAGGUGAAUGUUUAUAACCUUGUGUAAUAUCAAACAUUAUUGUGUUAAUAAUGUGUAGGUUUCCCACCUGGCAUAAUUGCACUGUACUUGAAUUUAAUUGAAAAUUUGUUCCAUGUUUUUGUUUCAGCUCCUUUACUCUCCUAUUGAAAAUAUCCAGCGUGUGGCUGCAGGAGUACUUUGUGAACUGGCAGCUGACAAAGAAGGAGCUGAAAUGAUUGAACAAGAGGGAGCCACUGCUCCUCUCACUGAACUUUUGCACUCCAGGAAUGAGGGAGUUGGUAAGUAGCUUAAAGUCAAAUGUGCUUGAUGAUAAUAAUAAUAUCAAACCCAUCGCCAUUGCAAGUACGUAGCACAUCAGUGGAAUUACAUUGCAUAUCAUUGCAAGGAAUUAUCUUUCAAAUUUUAUUCUAAUGUCACAUAUUUUAAAACUAGGUUAUUUGAGUGUUGUUAUGAAAUUUUACAUGGUGAUCAUUAAUUGAAUCUUAAAAAUCAUUUAAAAGCAAGAAAUUAUUCUUCAAAAAAAAUUUGUAAAAAAUUAAAUGAAAAAUUAAAUUAUAGUUCUGUUAUAAUGAUAUGUAUUAAAGUUAUGAAAUUUACUCUCAAAGUUCAUAAUACAUGCUGGGCUUCAUGUCUGAGAAAAUAUAUUGUUUCAAGUUUAAUUUUGUGAUCGCAAAUGCAUACUGGUCAAGAUAGCAAUAAUUUUUUCCUUACCGUUUAGAUCAUUUGAAAAAAAAAAAAAAUUAAUCUUAGAAUUAAAUUUGCUCAACACCCCCAUUAGUCCACUCAGAAAAUGGAUGUCAAAUUUCAAGUGCAUUGCAUUUAAAAUACAUUUUUACACCAUUAAUGGGAACUAACUAAUAAAUGUUCCAUUCAUGUUAGAAAACUAAUUAAAUAGGACUUUCUCAUAGUCUUGCUUUUGGGCUAAGAUAUAUGGGAUAUGGAAUGAACUGGUUCGCAAGGUACAACAGAUUAAAGAAAUAUUGCAACAAUUUUGAACACGAACCUCAUUAGACAUUAAGUUUUUUAAAAUAAUUUAUUGCUAAAUAGUGAAAAUAAAACGGCAUGCUAAUUUUCUGUUUCUUGUUAUUUUCAGCUACGUAUGCUGCAGCAGUUUUGUUUCGUAUGUCUGAAGAUAAACCCCAAGAUUACAAGAAGCGUUUAUCAAUGGAACUGACCAGCUCUCUUUAUCGUGGGGAUCCUAACUGGACUGAUGUGAGUUUAAAAAUCAUUAGAUAAUGGAUUUGCUGACUAUGACCAAUGAAACUGAUGCAGUCAUUCAAAGAGAGAACCCUUUUCAAAUUACAAGGAUUUAAAAAUUAAUUGCUGUAUACUGGUACAUAACACAUUUUUAAACAUAAUAUUUUCACUGUUUGUGUGAGACUGUUUUUUUUUUGUUGUUUUGUUCAUAUCAUCAAGAAGGCAUGGGGAAAGGAGUUUAUUUAAAAAGUAAAACAGGAAAUUCGUUCCACUUAAAUAUCAGUAAAAGAAUUAAUGUUGUUUUUAUCAUUUCCAGCCCCCUGGAUUUGAAGAUAUGACAAUGCCACUGGAAGAUUCAAGAGACCACAUGUACAACCCACACGGUUCUCAAGGUAGCAUGUAUGGAGGUGGGCAUCAUGACAUGGGACGAGGGCCCACAGGUAAAGGAUUUUAAAGAAAGUCAAAUACAAAACUUGUGAAGAAAGAUUUAAUUUAUGUAUGCAUGGUUUUAUCAUCUUCUUCUUCUUAGCCUUUCUCACUCCCGAUAGAGCAUAGGCCAUCAACAUACUGUGUGCCCUAUCGAUCUCGAUUUUUUUUUUUUGUAUCUUGGUUUCCACUGGGACACUUGAUGUUCUCUUCGAAAGGACAGUAAUGUGAAUUUUCUCAAACCAUCUUAUUAUUAGUAUCCUUUUCAAGCAUCUGUUUAUAAAAACCUGCAGUUUUUAAAUAUCUGUUUUUGUUGAUCUCAAGUUUAUCAUCAUAAAUACGCUUAAAUCCCUUCAUGUACUGCUGGAUUAGCUUUCCCUUAAUUAUUACUAUCUUCACAUAGAGCUCAAGCUGUUGGUUAUAAACCAAUACAAGUAAGUUAGUGAUAAUUUUUUUUACAUCUAAUUCUGAUACAAUUGUUAUUUAAAGGUUAUGAACAAGUGCCGAUCGACUCCAUGCAAGGUUUGGACAUAGGGAGCCAGCAUGGCAGCAACUAUGGCCCUAUGGACAACCUACCUGAUUUGGCGAACCCUGGUGACAUUAACUUUGACAAUCUGGACCCAGCACUUGGCCCACCGACAGGUGACAACCCAAACCUCUGGUAUGACACAGAUGUGUAAUCAGAAGCACCCAUAUCAUAAAGACAUAUUUGAGUAACAGUAGAACAUGUAUUUUCCCCAUUUUAAAAUAUUUUUAAUGAAUGCAUUUGUGUUCUACUUAUUGAUGCAGCAAGUACCUAUGAUAAUCUCAUUUUAACAAUUUGUAAAAAAAAUAAAAUACAUUUUACUUUAAAAACACUUCAAAAUUAUUUUAAUUUUUAGGGUUUGAAAUAAUUUCUUGGUUGCUAACACACUACCAAGGCAUUGAAUUUUUGAAGUCAAUUUAAAAGAAAAUGAACUGGUUACCAAAAAGAAUUAAUAAUGAAUAGAAAUUUGAAGGAGAAUAGAUGUAACAAAAAUAAAAUAAAUUAAAAUUUUAAAGGAAGAUAGAUGAUCUCUGUGGGAACAAAUAGUUCCUGAUUUUAUACAUAUAUUUGUGCAUUUAAUAAACGAUUUAUGUUGUUUCAUGUCAGUUGAAAGAUUAGAGCUGAAUUAAAAAAUGAUUUUUUCUCCAUUCAAUUUCUGUACAAAUAAGUAAACAGAAAGUUUUCUUAUUGUGUAACAAUGAUGGAUCUUUUUUUUUAUAUACAUAAAAAUGCAAAAUCUAAGCAACCAUGAGUGAUUCUAUUUAUUGUAUGUCUGUCUUAUAUAUUUUGACAGUCUUCUUUUUUUUUUGUGUAUGAUGUACCUCUACAACUGCAGUACGGACCAGACAUUAACUUUAUCUCACAUUUCAUUAUAUAAUAUGUGGUUAACAUAGCCACAUCAGCCCUUUGAAAGAAGGGAGUGACUCAUCAUUUGUAUAACUUUAUCAGAGUUAUCUCUACUCCACAUGAAUGAACAAAAAUCACCCUACAGUUAUUUUGUGUACAUUUCUGCUGGUUUUUUUUUGUUUUUUUUGGUUAGUGGAUAGUUUGGAUGGGGACAGUCACCCAUUUUUUUUUUUAUUGAUAGGAGAUGUGGUUGACUUGUAUCUUCUUUGUAAACAGAAAAUAACAAUUUUUGUAAGAACAACCUGCAGUAUGUCGCAGACAUUUUAAAAUUAGGAUUUUGUAUGAAUUAUUUUUUAACUUGUAUAUAUAUUCAUAGCUGUUUUUAGUCUUAGACAGAAAUUUGUUCUUUAAGAAUAAAUAAGAUACAGAGAAAACAAAACCAUCCAUUCAAUGAACAUGCAACCUGUGGUCACUCAAGUAUCUUACUGUAUCAUUACUGUUUGCGACAUGGCAUUUUUUAAAACUGAUAAAACAAUAUCUAAAUGAUGUUUGUAUUUUUACCUGUCUUUGCCUCUCUCUUGACCAAAGGUUGUGAAUGACUUUUUGCAGCUGUUGUUAGAUUAUCCAAGGCAAUGCUUGGCAUGUUGAAGAGCAAUCAUGUAAUCCCAGAAUACACCAGUGGGCCUGACAACAAAAUGCACCAAUCAAAAGUGGUAGUAUUACACAGCUGUCUGCCAUUCAUUGGUGGACAGCAUAGAACAGUGCAUUGGUUUUUUGGUGUGUGUAUAAAAAAAGGUACCAGAAAUCAUGUUAUGCUAUUUAAAAAAAAAAAAAAUAAAUAAAUAAAUGUUAAAAUUGACAUGAAAAAAAACAUUUAAAAAAAGUAAUUUGCAUUUGGUCAUUGGAAGCAUUUUUUUAAAAAAUAACAAAAAGCACCAAUCAAAAGUGGUAGUAUUACACAGCUGUCUGCCAUUCAUUGGGGGACAGCAUAGAACAGUGCAUUGGUUUUUUGGUGUGUGUAUAAAAAAAGGUACCAGAAAUCAUGUUAUGCUAUUUAAAAAAAAAAAAAAUAAAUAAAUAAAUGUUAAAAUUGAAAUGAAACAACACAUUUAAAAAAAGUAAUUUGCAUUUGGUCAUUGGAAGCAUUUUUUUAAAAAAAGCCAGCAAAGAAUGGUGCUGGGAUCCUGUUCUGGUGCCUUAUAUCACACAUUAAAAAAAGGGCACUGGUAUGUUGUAGCAUUUAGUAUUGUCAAUAUGUGUUGUUUGUUCAUCUCUUCCUUAAUAGUUGGCAUCUCAUGGCAUCAUUUAUCUACCCCAUUGUGUCUCUUAACCAUUUAAAAAAAAACAACAAUUGCAUGGAUGGUCAAUAAAUAUCAUUUUCAUAG